CUGAACAAGGGUCACGUUUCACACAUUUGCCAGUAAAUUGAGACCAGGUCAUCAUUAUUUCAAAACACCCCAAGUCAUACUAGAAUGAAUGUUUUCAGAAAGCAGGCAAGACAAAUUCAACAGAUUAAAUAUUUGCUGAUUGUCACAACAUGGAUAAGUGACAAUUGACAUGAAAAAAAAUGAGCAAUCAUAUUAGCAUUUAUUAACAAUAUUGUGACGGUAAGUUAAAAAAAAAAACAAUGCUGUCAGGUAUUUGUACUUUGCCUCAAUAAUGACCGUAUGACACGGACAUAAUCGUCACCUUGGUUAUGGGCAAGAUCUUGGCGAGAGAGCGAGAGGUGUCGUUGACGCUUUCCCAAGACAUAAAAUGGACGACAUCAGGUGUCGCUGGCGACUAAAUGAGGUUUUGGGCCGGCGCGUGUGCAACGACAGCUGGCCCGAGACGCUAAAUUCGAUCCAGAUGGGUUUGGAUGCUGACCAAUGAUCUCCGCUGCAUCAUCUCCUUUUUGUCUGGUCCAAGUGGCCCAUCUGAGCCCCAUGUUUACUUGCGAGGAAACUUCCCCUCCUCCAUUUUCACAUUCCCAUCCCUCUUCCUGAGUCCGUGAUUGUGGACACCUGGCAAUGAUUUCAAGUUUACAUGCAGCCAGCCAGCCAUCCGGGCGGGCCUCAGAUGGCGGCCAGAGGCUCUCUCGCUCCUUGUUGGCAUUUGUGGCUUAUUAUGACCAAUCGAGAGUGAGUCCAAACAAAAAAAAGAACUAAAUCAACUUGUUUACUCGCAUGCAUUGUGCCGUCCACUUCAAAAAGUCGCCGGCUGUGAAUUUGAAAGGACCUUGGUGAGUGGGAUUGCCUGAUGAUUGUUAGGAUGAGCUCAUGGCUCCAUUAGUCAUGUCUGGCGUGAUGUAAGUAAUUAUUUACAGAAAAAUCACUCCACCCAUAACUUUGAAUGUCAUACACACAUAAAAGAUCUGAGAGCGUGGGAACAACAGUUAGCGACACAUUGUUUUGUUUUCUUUGGGGAAAAGCAGGAAAUGAUUUCCAUCAAUGCAGAGUGAAGGACAGCUGUUUGAACUCAGUAUUUUUGCUAAUAUCCAUCAAAAGACCAGAAUCCAGUUCUGAUCCAGAUUGAGGGUUAUUAUGAAGCAAACUCCAAUCCGACGUGUGAAUUCACCAGAAUCAAUGAAAAUGUCCGUGUGCGUCCAUGAGAACCGGAAGUCCCGGGCCAGCACCGGCUCCAUGAACAUCUACCUGUUCCACAAGUCGUCGUACGCCGACAGCGUGCUCAUGCAUCUCAACUCCCUGCGGCAGCAGCGUCUGUUCACCGACGUGCUUCUCCACGCCGGCAGCCGCUCCUUCCCGUGCCACCGCGCCGUCCUCGCCGCCUGCAGCCGCUACUUUGAGGCCAUGUUCAGCGGGGGGCUACGCGAGAGUCAGGCCAGCGAGGUGGACUUCCACGACUCGGUCCACCCGGAGGUGCUGGAGCUGCUGCUGGACUACGCGUACACGUCGCGGGUGGUCAUCAACGAGGAGAACGCUGAGUCACUGCUGGAGGCCGGCGACAUGCUGGAGUUUCAAGACAUCCGCGACGCCUGCGCAGAGUUCCUGGAGAGGAACCUUCACCCGUCCAACUGCCUGGGAAUGCUGCUGCUCUCUGACGCCCACCAGUGCACCAAGCUGUCGGAGCUCUCCUGGAGCAUGUGCCUCAGCAACUUCCCCGCCAUUUGCAAGACGGAGGACUUCCUACAGCUGCCCAAAGACAUGGUGGUGCAGCUUUUGUCCCACGAAGAGCUGGAGACCGAGGACGAGCGGCUGGUAUACGAAGCCGCCCUGAACUGGAUCAACUACGACCUGGAGAGGCGCCACUGCGACCUCCCGGAACUCCUCGGGACGGUCCGCCUGGCCCUGCUGCCGGCCAUCUUUCUGAUGGAGAACGUCUCCACCGAGGAGCUGAUCAACGCCCAGGCCGGGAGCAAGGAGCUGGUGGACCAGGCCAUCCGCUGUAAGUUGAGGAUCCUGCAGAACGACGGCGUGGUCAACAGUCAGUGCGCCCGCCCCCGCAAGACCAGCCACGCCCUCUUCCUCCUCGGCGGCCAGACCUUCAUGUGCGACAAGUUGUAUCUGGUGGACCAGAAGGCCAAGGAGAUCAUUCCCAAGGCAGACAUUCCCAGCCCGAGGAAGGAAUUCAGCGCCUGCGCCAUCGCCUGUAAGGUCUACAUCACGGGGGGGCGGGGCUCGGAAAACGGCGUCUCCAAAGACGUCUGGGUCUACGACACGGUCCACGAGGAAUGGUCCAAAGCGGCGCCCAUGCUCAUCGCCAGGUUCGGCCACGGCUCGGCCGAACUCAAACACUGCCUGUACGUGGUCGGCGGUCACACGGCGGCCACCGGCUGCCUGCCCGCCUCGCCGUCCGUGUCGCUCAAACAAGUGGAGCAGUUCGACCCGGCGGCCAACAAGUGGACCAUGGUGGCGCCCCUGCGGGAGGGCGUGAGCAACGCGGCUGUGGUCAGCGUCAAGCUCAAGCUCUUCGCUUUCGGGGGCACCAGCGUCACCCACGACAAGCUGCCCAAGGUCCAGUGCUACGACCCCCAGGAGAACCGCUGGACCGUGCCGGCCUCUUGCCCGCAGCCGUGGCGCUACACCGCCGCCGCCGUCCUGGGCAACCAGAUCUUCGUCAUGGGCGGCGACACCGAGUUCUCGGCGUGCUCGGCCUACAAGUUCAGCAGCGAGAGCUACCAGUGGACUAAAGUGGGCGACGUGACGGCCAAGCGCAUGAGCUGCCAGGCGGUGGCGUCCGGGAACAAACUCUACGUGGUGGGGGGCUACUUUGGCACGCAGCGCUGCAAGACCUUGGACUGCUACGACCCCACGCUGGACGCGUGGAACAGCAUCACCACGGUGCCGUACUCCCUCAUCCCGACAGCCUUCGUCAGCACCUGGAAGCAUCUGCCCGCCUGAAGCACGCCCGCUGGACUUGGUCCCUAAGAUCUCCUUUGGCUUUUUGUUUUGUUUUUCAUCACCUACUGAACUCUCGACUGUGACGAGGCAAUCCGAGAGAAGACCUCCGAGAUGGAUGCUGGACCAAAAAAAAAAAA